AUGGAAGUCCCGACCAAGUCUGCCCUCGCAGACAUCUAUCCAGAGGACGCAGUCGAAAGCCAAUCGAAACGAUGGCGGACACUCCUGAAGACCUUUCAAGAUACCUACGGGAAGGCGCCGGACUUUGUCUCGCGCAGUCCGGGGCGAGUCAACAUCAUUGGCGAGCACAUUGACUACUCGCUGUACGAAGUGAUCCCCAUGGCCGUGACUGCCGAUGUACUACUCGCCGUAUCCAUCCACGAAAAGUCUUCCGGCCCAAGCACCGUGCGGCUCACAAACGUUCAUCCGCAAAAAUUCGAGAGCCGGGAAUUCACCAUUGCUGACACUGGAGACGUACACAUCGACUCCUCGACUCUGGAAUGGACUAAUUACUUCAAAUCCGGUCUGGUCGGUGCUACGGGGCUUCUACGGAAAAAGCACUCCAACUUCAAGGCAAGCGUUGGAAUGGACAUUCUGGCCGAUGGCACAGUUCCUAGCGGGGGUGGACUCUCCAGUAGUGCGGCGUUCGUCUGUGCCAGUGCACUCGCAGUGAUGAAGGCGAACGGAGCGGAAAAGGUCGACAAGAAGGAACUCACCGAAGUGGCCAUUGUUUCCGAGCGAGCCGUGGGAGUCAACUCCGGAGGCAUGGAUCAAUCGGCUUCCGUCUUCCCUCUCCAAGGUUCCGCGUUAUACGUCUCCUUCGUGCCUCAACUUUCUGCAAAGAACAUCCCUUUCCCCGAGCUGAAGUCGCCCUUGACAUUCGUCAUCGCGCAGUCCUUUGUCGCGGCAGACAAGCACGUCACUGCUCCUGUGUGCUACAACCUGCGAGUCGUGGAAGUGACACUGGCAGCUCUGGUUCUCUCCAAAAUCUUCGGCAUCAAGAACCUCCCCUCGGACGCCGGCCCACUCGGCAUAAGCUUGAGAGGCUUCCACGACACCUACAUGCAAGAGAAGCACGGCAUCGCAAACAACCACUCCACCUCCAAAGCAGAAUUCCAACAGCAACUACAAGACCUCGUCGAGAAAGUAGACCAAUACCUCCCGCAAGAAGAAGGCUACACUCGACAGCAGAUAUCGGAAAUUGCCGGCAUACCGGUCGAGGAGCUCGAGGCAAAGUACAUGAAGAAAUUCCCGAUCCGCGCGGAAAAGUUCAAAUUACGGCAGCGCGCUUUGCACGUGUUUGGUGAGGCGAUUAGGGUGUUGCGCUUUAUGGAUCUGUUGUCGGCGCCGCCUCCGCAAACGGAUCGCGAGAAUACGGAGUUGCUGAAAGCGCUGGGUGAGCUGUUGAAUGAUACGCAGGAUUCAUGCAGGGAUAUCUAUGAGAAUUCGUGUCCCGAGUUGGACGAGCUGUGUGAGUUGGCGAGGUCUGCCGGGUCGUAUGGAAGUCGAUUGACGGGAGCGGGAUGGGGCGGUUGCUCAGUACAUCUCGUACCCGAGGACAAAGUGGAGAUGGUCAGACAGAAGUGGAUUCACGAGUACUAUCGGAAGAAGUUCCCCGACAUGACGGACGAGAAGCUGCGAGAAGCAAUUGUCGUCAGUAAGCCGGGGAGUGGGAGCUGCUUGUUCGAUGGCAUAAGUAACAUUUGA